AAACUAAAAGCUAAGACCUCACCGACGCUGCUCCGCCAAACAAGGCCUUACUAGCUUACCCUCCCUUGAAGGGCUAAAAAGGAAUAAAUCAGUUUAACUGUUAAGUAUUCUAGAAAAAGAAAAAAAAAAGUGAUAUAGUUCAUUAAAAACAGAAGAUGACGAUUGACGAAGAAGACAGAAUCCACCAACGCCAUCGCAACACAGAGGGUCUACGGGGUUUGGUUGUUUCAGCCACUUCCACAACCCACUAAUUCACCGUCUUCACUCCCUCCAUUUUCGCCUUUCGGAUCUCUCCGAUCUCAUUUUAUUUUUCUCCCAGAAUUUGUAGGAAAAGCAAAAGGCAUAUAACAAUGAAGGCGCUGAUUCUGGUUGGUGGGUUUGGAACAAGGUUGAGGCCAUUGACACUCAGUGUUCCCAAGCCUCUUGUUGAUUUUGCUAACAAACCCAUGAUUCUGCAUCAGAUUGAAGCCCUUAAGGCUGUUGGAGUCAGUGAAGUGGUACUAGCUAUCAAUUACCAACCGGAGGUAAUGUUGAAUUUCCUGAAGGAUUUUGAAGCAAAGCUUGACAUCAAAAUCACUUGUUCUCAAGAAGCUGAACCAAUGGGGACAGCAGGCCCCUUGGCUCUUGCCAGAGAUAAGUUGAUAGAUGAAUCUGGAGAUCCAUUUUUUGUUCUCAACAGUGAUGUUAUCAGUGAGUACCCACUUAAAGAAAUGAUCAAAUUCCACAAAGCUCAUGGAGGAGAGGCUUCCAUAAUGGUGACAAAGGUUGAUGAACCAUCCAAAUAUGGUGUGGUUGUGAUGGAGGACACCACCGGGCAGGUUGAGAAAUUUGUAGAAAAACCAAAGUUGUUUGUUGGUAAUAAAAUCAAUGCCGGAAUCUACCUAUUGAACCCCUCAGUUUUAAAUCGGAUUGAACUGAGGCCCACUUCAAUUGAGAAACAGGUGUUUCCAAAGAUAGCGGAAGAGAAAAAGCUCUAUGCAAUGGUUCUGCCCGGAUUCUGGAUGGACAUUGGAAUGCCAAAGGACUACAUUACCGGCCUGAGACUCUAUUUGGAUUCAUUGAGGAAAAAGACUCCUUCUAAGUUGGCCGCAGGUCCCAACAUUGUGGGGAAUGUCAUUGUGGAUGAAACUGCCAAAAUCGGCGAGGGGUGCCUCAUUGGACCUGAUGUUGCCAUUGGCCCUGGCUGCAUUAUUGAGUCAGGUGUCAGGCUCUCAAACUGCACAAUAAUGCGAGGAGUUCGUGUAAGAAAUCAUGCUUGCAUAUCAAGCAGCAUCAUUGGUUGGCAUUGCACUAUCGGGCAAUGGGCUCGUUUGGAGAACAUGACUGUCCUUGGAGAAGAUGUGCAUGUGUGUGAUGAAAUUUACACCAAUGGUUGCCUUAUUUUGCCCCACAAGGAGAUCAAGUCAAGCCUUGUGACGCCAGAGAUAGUCAUGUGAUGUUGAUGUCUUUCAAAUUUUUCUUCUUUUAAAUGAAUGUCAACUAAAUUCUUAGCAUGUGGCUUGGUGGUAAGUUAUUAAGUCUACAUUUUGUAUUUUGGUUUUAUUUGGCAUCCAUUUGUUUUCCCUUCAUCCCAGUUCUUUUCUCUUUACCUGCAUUUAUACACGUCAGUUUGUCUAGAAUCAGUCGGUGCCAUGAUUAACAAAUGUUAAAUGGCAUUAAGUUAGUCAUGCUUCAAAAGUUCAAAGUCAUGUAAUUUUCACUGUGUAUAGAAAUUAUUUAUUUAGCUGUUUCUGAAUUCUAUCUAAAA